AUGAAUUAUAAACUCUAUGCCAAAGGUGAUUAUACACCUAAUCAUGUACGCUGGUCCGAUGCCUACUACCCACAGACACCAUUCGAAGCAUACCGUGGUAUUUAUGCCACAAUGCCACCACGACCUACCGGAAUGCAAUCAUCCUAUCCCUUAAUCUCAUCCACAAGAUCACAAAACUAUGAUACACCACAUUAUUCAGGAGGUGGUGGUACAUCGGGACCCUAUAGUUGCCGUCAAACACCCAUGCAUCAGCCAUCAACAUCACAAUAUUAUAAUCCUCUUGAAUCGGAUUCGUAUCAACCCUCGUACGAUAUGGAAUAUCUUAAUCAUAUGUAUGUCUUCGCUUCACCACUCUAUCAAACUGUUUGGUCACCACCGACCAGUAUGCGUAAAAGUUCUUCACACACUCCCGCCUUUGGUAGUGUACGAGAUGCUGAAUUCGAAGGUGAUGGUAAUGUUAUGACCGGUGGUAGUUAUCAUCGUCAUGUCUAUCCACCCAAUGAAGACACCUCAUCACCAAAUGCCAAUGCUAUUAAUGCUUUCAAUUCAAUACGUGAUCCCGAUACGGAUGAUUCUAAUCAGCAAAGACCUCAUGUCUAUGCUACAAAUUGUGGUGAAAGUUCUUCAUCACCUCAUCCAACUUCGAAUCCUAACGAUACCGAAGCUAUAGAAGAAAGUUUAAUGUUAGACGAUGAUCGAUGUGAUUUAAGCGAAGCUUAAAUAUUAUAUACAUAUAAAUAUAAAUAUAUAUCUGAGUAUUUUUCGCAAGAUAUCUCAAGAAAAAAAACGGAAGCUCAUCAUUAUACAUUAUAAUUUAUUUAGAAGAUUUUUUUUAAACAGAUUAUGUAUAAAAACAAACUGUAUAAAAAUUAUUAAAAGAAAAUCACAUAAUUUUAGCAAUAUUUAUAUAUAAAUAUUAAAAAAAGUAAUUUAUAAUUUUUAUGAAUAUUUUUUUAUUAUUUAUGUUAACAUAAAAAUGGAAAGCCGGGGUUUAAAAACAAAAAAACAAACAACAUGAAAAAAAACAACAAUAUUUUAUAUAAACAUAUUUAUUUGUUUCUAUAUACAUUGAAAUAUAUACAAGAAAGAAAAAAAAACUAU